CACGUCAAGUCAAUGGCAGUCGACUUAGGCAUAUAAAUGCUGCCUUCUAUCCUAGCUUUAGCGGCUUGAAACCUGGCCUUGUAGGGUAGUACUUGCAGCGCUGGAGGAAAAAUGGCGCAGCAACAACAGCAGCCCGUUGCAUUCCUUAAGCCUGCGACGUGGGGCAGCCUCAAGUUCGCGCAGACACUUAAAGAAAAGCUCUUCAGUGGAAAAGGCGCAAAUGAAGCCGCGCGGGUUGGCAAGGAGAACGAGUACGUUCCCAGUGCUGCACCACCAAAGGUUGACAUGAGCCACCUGCAGACACUGGGGCCACGGCGUCAUGUUGCUCAGCGCUAUGCUCUGCAGCCCAACCUCAACGUCAGUCGCCAGCACACUGCGCCGCAGCCCGCAAACUCAGGGUUGCGCGGAUUGGUGGGGCCCGGGGCGCCGGCGCCACUGCAACAGCAGUUCCACGUGCAGCCGCUGCCGAUUUAUCAGCAGCAGCAGGAACCCCAGCAGCAGCGGCCUUCCACGCCAUCUAGCCCCACGAUGCGGGGGCGUGCGCCGCUCGGCCAGAGCUCCAACCCCAACUUUGUCAACAGCAAUAUCGCGACCCGGCUGCCUACUCCCGUCCGUAUUAACUCACUUCCCUCUCCAGCCGCGCCAUCCAGCAGCAGCAACCUGGCCAUGGCCCUGCCCAAGCCACCCAGCCCUUCGCGCAGCCUGUCGCAGGGUGGGAUGGGCGGCAGCCCCUUCGCUGGAGCUGCCGCCGCCUCCCCGGCCACGUCCACGGCAACCAGUACCGGCUUCUCCAUCCCGGUGCCCCCGCCAGUUGUACCGGGAGUGGCCAGGGGGCCGCAGCAGCCACCGCAGCGCGCGGCGCAGCCCUGGGCCACCAGCUCUGGCGGCGCCCCGGCGGCACGGGCGCACAGUUCCACGGCAACGUCGCGGCCGACGGCUGCCCCCGGGCCAGAGCGCUCCAUCCUGGCCUCCGUGCAGCCGCGCAAUGCGUCCAUCCCAACCCCGCCUGCACCGCAGCAUCAGCAGCAUGCAAGCACGGUGAUUGGCGCCACGCUGGCGGGCGCUUCGGGAACGCCGGACAGCGCUCAGCAGCCGCAGGCAAAGACCGUGGUGGCCAUGCCUGCCGCGCCACCGCCGCUCAUUUCCGUGUCGUCGGCUAUCACCGUUCCCGCGCUGCAGCAGGCUCUGCAGCAGGCCCUGCUGGCGGCGGUGGAGAAGAAGCCGGAGACGUUCAAGGUGGACAACUUCCAGCAGCUGUUCGACAGCAUGAUGCAUCCCGGGCACACCGGCAAGCUGGACGGGCCGCUGCCUGACGAGCUGGCCGACGACGUCAAGUAUAGCGACAAUUGGUACAAGCACUGCCGUGACUGGAACGCCAAGAACAAGCCGGCAGAGGCGUACAUCGCGGUGCCGCCGGCACCUGCGGUGGUGGCGGAGCAGGCGGUGCCGGAGACGCCCAAGUCGGGGCUGCGGUCACAGUGGUCACUGGAUGAGGCGCCGAUGAGCGAGGCGUGCUGCAGAGCACUGGACAUCGCGCACCACGGGCUGAAGAAGGUCCUGACGCCCGCGCACAGCAGCCGCAGCGUGUCGCAGGCCGUGGGCACGCCCUCCGUGUCGCGCCCAGCCGCAUCCUCCAUCCUGGCGCAGCGCUCGGAGCUGCUUGACGACACGGCGGCAUCCCGCCCCGCCCCAGCUGCCUCGGACCGCCCCGACGCCACGCCCACGUCCUCCACCGUCGCCCGGACCACUGAUGUGCUGGAGUCGCCUGUACAGGAUGCGGCGGCGCUGCCACCGCAGGAGGCGCAGCUGACAGCGACCUCGCCGCUGGUGGCGUCGGCUGCGGGUUCGACCAACGCUUCACCCGUGUCAGCGGCGCUGGCGGCGCGUGCUCUGGUGGCGUCAGCCAACGCCAUAGCUCUGGGCACUGCCAUUUGCAGCACGCCGGAUCGCCCCUCCUCUGCCUUUGCCGCCGCUGCGGCGGCCGUUGGCAUUCGCACGGCUGCGGUCAUGGCCUUGGUGGAUGGUCACGAGACGCCAGUGGUGCCAACGGCUGCCAAGGCGUCCAUUAGGGACCUGCUCUCCCCCACGCCGACGCGCGGUGGAGCUGGCGGGCCGCCCAGCAACGUCACAACGCCGGGCGGCCCUUUGACGCCGGGCGGCGCGUGCAGCACGGCAGCUCCCUCUGCGGCCGCCACUCCGGCCCAGGCAGGCAUCUCGAGCUCGGCUGCAACGCCCACCACCGACGCCCGCCGGGCACAGUCGGCCUCGCCGGCCUGCGAGGUGCCGGACCUGUCGGUGGCGGAGGCGCGGCUGGCGGCGGCUGCCAGCUGCUCGGAGGGGCUGGAGCAGAGCCUGGCAGUGGCGGCAGCGAUCGCGGGGCAGCAGGAGGCCAUUGCGGCCCAGGAGACGUCCAUGUUCGCUGCUGGUGGUGCAGCGCCGGAGCUGCCCGCGGUUGCGCCUGUACAGGCGCCCCAGCCUGCAGCGGCUCAGGAGGCUAUCUGGUCGCCCAACUUCCCGGCUGUGGAGGCCACCGCUGGUGCUGCCCGGCAAUACGUGCCGUCACCUGUGACGCUGAUGCAGAACGCACCCCGCGAGUUGCCCACCCCUAACCCGGCCUUCUUCAACAGCAUCAACAACGCGCCGUCUGGUGCCGCUAAUCUCGCUGCAGCCGUGGCGGUGGUGGCCGCACCGCAGCACGCCGCUUGCGGUGUUUGGGUGCAGAUGCGUGAUCCCGCGGGCCCCUCCACCUCCAGCGCUCCGCCAGCUGUGGAUCCCCUCAACGAAAUCACCACGGGCAUCCAGCAGCUGACGGCGCUAAAGCACACCAUCCUGGCUGAGGACAAGGCUGUGGACGUCACCGGCAUCACGCAGGUCCUGCAGCUGAAGAUGGCGGUGGAGCAGUUGCUGGCACGCACCAGCACUGCGGCCGCGGCCGUCACUGUGGCCUCGCAGGCGCCGGCUGCUCCGGCGGCCGCGCCGCCAGCGCAGGAGCACAGCGCCCAGCAGCAACAGCAGCCAGGCACGCCGCAGCGCAAGCUGUCGCGCUCCGCCAGCUUCAGCGCCUUCAUCAAGGGCAUCUUCUCGCCCAAGAGCGCAAGCAAGGCCGCGCCGCAGGCCGCGCAUGCGGCGGUGCCGGCCUCGCCGUCGGCUGCCCGGGCCUUCGGAACCUCGAACGCGGCGAACCUUGCGGCUGCGGCGCCCGCAUCGCCGGCUGUGAACGUCCCCGGCAGCGGCGCCGUGGGCGUGCAGGCCGCGCGCCCAGCUUCCGCUUCGGCGCUGCCACGCCACGUGGCGUCACCCAGCGUUGCCGACCGCGGCCGGUACGCUGUCUUGCACCAGCGGGCGGCAGCUCGCCUGGCGCAAGCGGCGGCGGAGCCGGCCCCAGCCGCGACGAACCCUCAGGUGCAGCAGCGCGGCGACGUGUGGCGGCGGUACGAGGAAAAGAUCACCUCACACCGGCAUCAGCUGGACACCACAAAGUCGCAGCUGGAUGAAGCCGUACGCAAGCUGCGCGACAUGCAGGCGGAGUUCGACGAGCUGCUCCUGUGCCUGGGCAUGGAGUCGGCUAAAAACCGGGCGUUGUGUGACGCCAUGCUUGCCGCCGGCAUCGACCCCGAGCCCAUCAUGGCGGCGAUUGAGGCUGAGUGGCUGGCGGGCAACGGGGAGCAAUGAAAGCAUUGGGAACUUGGGAUACCACGGGAGGCAGGGAGCUUGUGGGGAGGCAGGGGGCUUGUCGGGAUGAGCGGUGGGAUAACGUGGCGGAGGCGGUACCGGUAGUAGAUGAUAGCUAGGCGAGCAAUAGAGUUCUUGCGUGGCUGUCACUGUGGGCUUUGUACAAGUCGCGUCAGGGCGCACGUUGUGUCCAGCUAGUGCAGGUAUUAAACUGUUUGGGGCAGGCUUGAGGCAGAUGACCUUCGCAGGCAGGCUAUGUAGCUCAUCCAAAAUUGCGGUUGGAACACGUGUUGCAA